CUAAUAACUAGUUGAGAGAAUAUGUACGCGUCUUCUCUGAAAUACGCUUGUCUAAUUGUCGGCUGUUAUUUGGUGACAUUUAUUAAGGCUGAAGAACUGAAUGGUAAGCAAGUGCAACCAAGAGUUAUUGGUGGUCGGGUAGCUGUGGAAACAUAUCCCUUCAUAGCCUCUCUCUUAUAUGCCAACGAUAACUAUUCUAUUUCAUAUAUGUGGCGGUUCCAUAAUCAACGAACAUACCAUUCUAACUGCAGCUCAUUGUAUACAUAACUUAUCUCCAGACAACCUAAGAGUGCAUGUGGGUGAUAAAUCGCUGGCGGUAAAACAGGGUGAUGUUUACAAUGUUGAGGCUAUUUAUUUCAAUAAAAAUUGGACCAGUGAUAACUAUGACUAUGAUGUUGGCUUGAUAAAAAUUUUGGGUAGCUUUAAAUUAGGACCACAAGUGCAACCCAUAAAAUUAGUUGGACCUAAAGCACGCAUAAGGGAUGGUACAAUUGCUACAGUCAUAGGUUGGGGUUUUACCGAUUUGAAUAAUCCCACAAUCUCCGAUACUCUAAUGGUGGCCCAUGUGCCAAUAGUUAAACAAUGUACAUGCAGCCGUCAGAUUGGUUCGGGACGUAUUACUAGGCGCAUGAUAUGUGCUGGCUACAAAUAUGGCGGUAUAGAUACUUGUAAAUAUGAUUCAGGUGGACCUAUGGUCAUCAAUGGAAAACAGGUUGGCAUUGUAUCAUGGGGUAUAGGUUGUGCUGAACCCAAUAAACCCGGUAUUUAUGCUAGAGUCACGGAGUUAUUGCCCUGGGUUAGGGGUAUUCUAUCAAAUGUUUAUAAUGCAGUUUUAUAA